CAAUCUGACACCAAUGAGAAAAAUGGGAUGGCUGCCAUUCAGCUGGUAGGUUGUUUCCCGCCGAACCCUCCGUACCGUACUCCGUCGUACCUACCAUGUGGGAACCGGGACCCGUCCCGGGCAACAGAAAGUGGCUGUUUCAUCUUCAUCUCUCAGUCUCGAGAAAAUUGCCCUCUCCACUAUCCGUCGGGUCCACAGGGCGGGCUUACCGGUUGACAGGAAACGACGGGCAAGCCACACGCUAUCUUUUCCCUUCGACAUCAUUGUGGCGUGUCGCAACCCAGCUCUUGCCCCUCGUGGCUGAUUGUAUCAUUGUAGUCAUCGUACUCAUGCUCGCGGCAAGGGAAUCUGUGUCACACCCAGUACCUCGUCCUUCGUACAUAGGACUAACGGGGACUAUCAUCGCUAGACUGGUCGGCCACCUCCGCGGAGCGGAAAAAUGAUCCGUCAAUAAUGGAAAACCGUCGGACUUGCAUUAGUCUAAUUCUAAGGCAGCAACAUCCCCGUCUCCUUGCGCAUCGCGCAUGCGUAGUCUCGAAAUAGAUCGAGUCCAGGACAAAAGUACUAUGAAAAAUAGAUCGAGACAGGAGUAAAACGAAAUAGACCCGCGCUGGGAGUUCCAAUUGAUCGCAUCUAGCGUAAACCAUCACUCGAGGGGAUAUCAUAA